ACCCCCGCAAUCGCAACAUUCCGCCUUUGCCGCUCCCUCAGGAAAAUUUCCUAUCUCCAAAUUCCGACUUCCUGACUAUUUGAAGUACGUAUUUCAUCUGAUUGAUGGCAUUUGCUCCGUCGGCAAUUAGAUCGACUUUGUUCUCACGGUACUUUCGUGCUUUCUCGACUAGCUCUCCUUUCCUAUCCUUGACCUCUGAAUCGGCAUCUCGGAACAUGUCCGACAACACGCAAAAAGCAACAUUGGCCGCGGGCUGCUUCUGGGGAGUUGAGCAUCUCUUCCGCAAGCACUUUGGCAAUGGAAAGGGCCUUCUCGAAGCUAAAGUAGGCUACUGUGGUGGAUCGACGUCUUCCCCAUCGUAUCGGGCUGUGUGCACUGGAACUACUGGUCACGCUGAAGCUGUUCAAUUAACCUUUGACCCCUCGGUCGUCAGCUACGGCUCCCUGUUGGAAUUCUUCUACCGCAUGCAUGAUCCCACGACCAAGGACCGCCAGGGCCCUGACGUCGGCACACAGUACCGCAGUGCGAUCUUCACGCAUGGCGAGGAGCAGCACAAGAUUGCGGAGGAAAUCACGGAUAAAGUCUCCCAGCAGUGGUACAAACAGCCUGUCUCAACGCAGAUUAUACCUGCAGGCCAGUGGUGGGAUGCCGAGGACUACCACCAGCUUUAUCUAACCAAGAACCCGUCCGGCUACGAAUGUCCUGCUCACUUUGUGAGAGACUUCCCUCCCCUCUCUUGACUAUCCGCCAAAAUUUAGAUACUGUAUAUAAUCUCAAUGUGUGACAUCUGUGGUCAAACUCUAUCAAAUACUUCACUGUGACUUUAGUUCUCACGGGAAAACUCACACCUUCAGGAGCAAUUUGCUUGUAUAGGGAGCACAGCUGGAGACAGUACGG